AUGGUCCGUCUCAGUCUUUUGGCACUCGCUGCCACCACGCAGCUCGCCCACGCAUGGCUGCCCAACGACGGCAGCAGGAAGCUCUUGGACACCCGCGGCUUCAGCCUCUUUGACAACCAAAACACCACAUCCGAUGACUCUGACGGCGUGAGCAAGCGCUGGUGGACGGCUUCCGGCAAGAUCAGGGGCGUCAACCUGGGCUCCCUGUUCGUCUUUGAGCCAUGGAUCGCCAACAACGAGUGGAACAACAUGGGCUGCGGUGGACAGCAGUCCGAGUUCGACUGCGUCAUGAACACAGGCCAGGAGAGAUCUGAUGCCGCGUUCCAGAAGCACUGGGAUACGUGGAUCACCGAGGGUGACUUGGAUGAGAUGAUGUCCUAUGGUAUCAACACCAUCCGUAUUCCCGUAGGAUACUGGUUGGAUGAGUCGUUGGUUGACCAGAAUUCUGAGCACUUCCCAAGGGGAGCUGUCAAGUACUUGAUCCGGCUCUGCGGCUGGGCUAGUGACCGCGGAUUCUACAUCAUCCUGGAGUAUGUUCAUUCACCCCAUGAGACGCUUCCGAAGACUAACAACAAGAAGCCAACACGGUGCCCCGGGUGCUCAAGUGGCGAAGAACUCGUUCACUGGUCAAGUAAUACACCCUUCCUAGACUUACAACCGUCGUCUAACCGCAUCCAGUUCGCCAACACCCCUGGCUUCUACAAUGACUACCAAUACGGCCGGGCUGUCAAGUUCCUCGAGUUCCUGAGGAGGCUUGCCCACGACAACAAGGAGCUUCGCAACGUUGGUACGAUCGAACUCGUCAACGAGCCCACCAACUGGGACUCUUCCGUGCAGUCUCUCCGCAGCACAUUCUACAAGAACGGCUACAAUGCCAUCCGCAACGUCGAAAAGAGCCUCGGCGUCAGCGCCAACAACUACUUCCACAUCCAGAUGAUGUCCUCGCUCUGGGGCUCCGGCAACCCGACCGAGUUUCUCGACGACACCUACUUCACCGCGUUUGACGACCACCGCUACCUGAAGUGGGCCAACAAGAACGACGUGCCUUGGACGCACGACAGCUACAUCUCGACGUCGUGCAACGACAACCGCAAUGGCGACGCCUCGGGUCCGACGAUUGUCGGUGAGUGGAGCAUCAGCCCGCCCGACGAGAUUGAGAACUCGGACGACUGGAACCGCGACACGCAAAAGGACUUUUACAAGAAGUGGUUCGCUGCGCAAGUCCACGCCUACGAGAAGAACACCGCCGGCUGGGUGUUUUGGACGUGGAAGGCCCAGCUUGGUGAUUACCGGUGGUCCUACAGAGACGGUGUUAUUGCCGGAGUCAUUCCCAGGGACCUGAACUCGAUUGCCAGCUCGGGCGUCUGCGGUUAG